UGUCAGUUUACAAGUUUGUGCCUAUUUACGUUUCUGUAAUGAAACCCGAGACUGAAAAAAGCACUCGAUAGUGGGUAACAGAGGCCUGAUAAGAGCCCAGGGUUUUUUUGUGUGAGCUGCCUUACAGAAGUUUCCACAAACACCACACAAGGAGACGCGUGAAGGAGUUUGAGAUCCCCUAUAAAGCGUGUUUGACCGUCAGGUCGUGGUAGACAGACCCUGGGCAGCGGUGAGGCCAGAAAUGGCUCCUGGCAGCACCUGCACGCCCGGGGUGCCGCUGGGCAGGACCAGGGGUGCAGCGCUGUGCUUAGUCCGUGUGGGGAAAUGCAAACAGAGGUCUUGUCCUGGCCGAACAAGGACGAUGCCACCGAAGACCAAACACGAGUGGAGCGCAGGAAGGAAAAUAAGGAGGAAACCCGCUGCCGGCAAGCCCGAGACCCCUCUUUUUCCGGCAGGGUACGGACCCGCCGCAGGGAAAACAGGUGCCCUGCGGGCACAGGCCGGGGGCAGAAGUAGCCCCUCGGUCCCUCGGGAACCGGCUCCAAACGCCCGCCCGCCUCAGCCCAGCGCCCUGCCACCGUGCGAGGACAGCGGCCCCGCCGCGCCUCCACCGCUCCCCGCCCGGCUUGCUGCGCCCGGCCCCGCGGGAACUGCCCGCUUGGCCCGGCCGUGGGCCGGCGGCGGGCGGGGGAAGCCGGGGGAGGUGGGAGGAGACGUGGGAAGGACUUCGGUUGCCACUACAAAUCUGGUGACAGAUCCGCCGCCGGCACAUGGCGAUCGGCCCUUCCCGCCCCGCGCUCGGCAGUUGCAGAUUGAAAUAUCACGGACAGAAAAUAGUUUGGAUGAUGUGUUUUGCCAGCGUAUCUCUGCAAUUUCAGUUUUAACAAUGGAUAAGUGUAAGCACAUAGGUCGUCUGCGACUGGCCCAAGAUCACUCCAUUCUGAAUCCUCAGAAAUGGCAUUGUGUGGACUGCAAUACUACCGAAUCUGUGUGGGCGUGCCUCAGCUGCUCACAUGUGGCGUGUGGAAGAUAUAUUGAAGAACAUGCACUAAAGCACUUUCAGGAGAGCAGUCACCCAGUGGCAUUGGAAGUAAAUGAGCUGUAUGUUUUCUGUUAUCUCUGUGAUGAUUAUGUUCUUAAUGAUAAUGCAACUGGUGAUUUAAAACUGUUGCGAAGUACAUUAAGUGCAAUCAAGAGUCAAAACUAUGACUGCACUACUCGAAGUGGGAGGACUUUGCGUUCUAUGGCUACAAGUGACGAUUCUUAUCUUUCACAUGGUGGUGCCCAAGCCUUGCUUCGGAGUGAAGAUCGCAUGUUCACAGCUCUCUGGCACCGACGGCAUGCGUUCUUGGGCAAAAUAUUCAGAUCAUGGCUUGAGUUGACACCUACUGGAAAAAAGAUUUUGGAAGAAGAAAGGCAUCAGGAAGAAGCAGAGGAAAGAAGGGACAAAGCUAGGAAGAGAAGACAAGAACGAAAGCGCGAGUUGAAAGCAGAGAUGGAAAAGAUGCCUCCGAGAAAGAGCAGUCGUUUACAAAAUCAGAUUAGAAUGUCCUCAGAAACAGCACCCUGCCUGCAAAAAACAUCACAGAACAUGGAAUCUGUGGCAGAGUUGAAAAAUAUUUAUACCUCAGAUGAAGUAAGAUUGAAAAAAAUAAGUGACUCUCCAAUUAAACGAAGGCCCACAGUGACUCCUGGGGUAACAGGACUGAGAAACCUGGGAAAUACAUGCUAUAUGAAUUCUAUCCUGCAGGUAUUAAGUCACUUACUUAUUUUUCGAGAAUGCUUUUUAAAGCUUGAUCUCAACCAAACUCAGGAACUGCUGGCAACAGCAGCCAAUGGUAAAACCAGGUCUUCAUCUAAACAUCUGUCAAUAGCUGCCUCAACAUUACAUGUGACUGAGAACCAAGAGAAAGUAAAGGGAUCCUCUUCUGUGAGGCGGCCUAGUUUAUCCUCUGGAUUAAGUGGAGGAGCAUCAAAAAGUAGAAAUAUGGAACUUAUUCAGCCCAGGGAGCCCAGUUCAAAGCAUAUUUCCCUCUGUCAUGAGCUGCAUACUCUGUUCCAAGUUAUGUGGUCUGGGAAAUGGGCGCUGGUGUCUCCUUUUGCCAUGCUUCAUUCUGUGUGGAGACUAAUUCCAGCCUUCAGAGGAUAUGCCCAACAAGAUGCUCAGGAAUUUCUCUGUGAACUUUUGGAUAAAGUGCAGCAGGAACUGGAGACUACAGGGACCAGAUACCCAGCGCUCAUCCCUGCUUCUCAAAGAAAACUUAUAAAACAGGUUUUGAAUGUGGUUAACAACAUUUUUCAUGGACAGCUAUUAAGUCAGGUUACAUGUCUUGCCUGUGACAAUAAAUCAAAUACCAUAGAACCUUUCUGGGACCUGUCCCUGGAGUUUCCUGAGAGGUAUCACUGCAAUGGGAAGGAGAUGUCGUCUCAGUAUCCCUGUCUGCUGACAGAAAUGCUGGCCAAGUUUACAGAAACUGAAGCUUUGGAAGGAAAGAUAUAUGCAUGUGAUCAGUGCAACACAAAACGAAGAAAGUUUUCUUCUAAACCAGUUAUACUCACAGAAGCUCAGAAGCAGCUUAUGGUGUGUCGACUACCUCAGGUUCUCAGAUUACACCUUAAACGGUUUAGGUGGUCAGGACGCAAUCAUCGUGAGAAGAUUGGCGUACACGUUAAUUUUGAUCAGAUGCUGAACAUGGAGCCUUACUGCUGCAGAGAAACGCUCAAGUCUCUCCUACCUGACUGCUUUAUCUACGACUUGUCUGCUGUGGUAAUGCAUCACGGGAAAGGAUUUGGCUCAGGGCACUACACUGCCUACUGCUACAAUUCAGAAGGAGGAUUUUGGGUACACUGCAAUGAUUCGAAACUCAACAUGUGCACUAUGGAAGAAGUAUGCAAGGCUCAAGCUUACAUUUUGUUUUACAGCCAACGACUUACUCAGGCAAAUGGACGUGGUAAAAUACCGUGUCCUAGCACAGCUGAAAGUCAGCAGCACACAGAUUUAGCUGACUGCUCCAUGGACAGCAGUAGCAGCUAAUCCAAAGCCAGUUAACUGUGUGUAUGGUAAAAGUUUGAAUCGUCAUAACUAUAUAUUUUUAAAUGAAAUGAAAGUACAGUAAUGUACUUUUUUACUUUGAAUCUGUGUACAAUGUUUAUAUACUUUUGUAUUAGUUAAAGUACUCUUUACAAUUGUUAGUAAAAGUUUUUAUUGACAGUAAGUAAUUUUCUAAGUACCUAGAAUUUCAAUACAGCUAUUUUUUUAAGGAAAAGAUUGCUAUUUGCAUUUAACUCUUACCUCAGGCUGUUUUUUAAGCUGGUUUUGUAUUUUGAUAAUCUUUUUGAAUUGGUUUAGAAAAAUGAUUUUCAAUGUGCAACUGGUAUUUCUCUGGUUAAUUUUCUAUAUAUGCUUGUGUACAUUUUAUAGUAUAGUUCUAAUGAUACCAUGAUUCUUACUGUCUGCAGGAAUUGCUACUAGGUCUUAGAAUAUUAACAUUCACCAGCAAGGAAUGUUUUACACGUCAAACAGUAACUGAACUUCCUGUAGGAAACUUUCUGUAUAUUCUUCAUGACUGAAGUGAAAUUAUUUUGCAAGCUUCAAGGGAACUACACUAAAGAUACACUGAUAGAAUUUCUUAAAAUCUGAAAUUGAGGAAAUAGAGCAUGUACUUAUUUUCACAUAAGUAUGGAAGAGAAGCAUUUAAUAGCACAGGAAUGUACCUUUACCAAGACUUCCAUGUUUUUGCCUUAAGAAGCCUGACAACUCAAGUGCCAAAUUCAAAGCACUGACUUUGACAACCAGGGGCUUUUUAUUCCAAUAACUUCAAAAUCUUUCUUAAAAAAAGCCCAACAUCACCACACUCACCCACCCCACUGUUAUUGCUACAAGAAUGUUAGCACCCCCUUUCUUGCAUUGGACAAGCUUACUUUAAAUUGCAGCAAGUGUUGUCUGUUUCAGUAAUCUCUAACACAAACUACUGAAAAGAAGCUGUAAAAUUUGUAUGAAAGCAAUUUCAAUCUGACUGGUUUCAUUAGCUACAACUGCUGUACCUUCUCCGUGGUCCUACCACUAGCAUUAACAGAACUGUGCAUUGAGGAGAAUCGAACAAGCAGGAAUUAGCAGUCGUUCUCCACAUACACUAGUUAAUGCCAAGUAAAUUUUAAUUGUGAAGUUAUUUUGCAUAAGUCCUAUGCAGAUUGUUACCUCAUCUUCUGCAAAGUUUAUACCUCAAUAAAAUGCCUUGAUGUGGACAGAAAA